GAAAGUCGUACAAAAGCCAUUGUCUUGAGUCGCCCUCGAUUCACUUCCCAGCGCGUGUCAGAGACAAUGAGCAAAGUAAUGUAAAACGUGCAUCACCAUCGGAAUUCACUAGCUUGAAGCCCAUUCCUCCUUCUCCUCCUUAGCUUCAUUACUUUUAUCCAUACUGCGUAUCUUUGAGAGAUCGUUAUUUUCUUCUAUCGCUUGGAUACGUUCAUCUCUCUUCGCAGCUGCCGCUCUUCCUCUCUUUACUUCUCUGACCUGAUGGAAUUUCCUAACGUAUUCAUGAAAACACGGGCUGUGGCAUUCUCCUUUAUCAUUAUCGCGAGUUUUUUGUGGGUCAUACUGUUAUCGUUAGAGCUAUUUACUCGAUGGGAUGUAUCAAGCACCUCAAACAGAUCGCUGGUUGUUGUAUUAUUAUUGGUCAAUACGAUUACGAUCAUUAUGCUUCCUGUACUUUUAUUGCUUGGCUUUCGCGUGUGGCUAGAUGCAGCUCGCCUAUUUUUUCUCUUGAUAGCUCACAUAGGAACGGCCGCGGCGUUCACCUAUUGGAACCCUAAAUUUCAAUGUCCAGACCAGACUCCCGACCAAUAUGGCGUAUGUAAACUCAUCAAUAUUUAUACACUGAUAGGGUGCUGGAUAAUCCCUGUUGUUUUGGUCCUAUAUUCUGGUAUUCUUGCAUUUACGAUUUACCGUGGGUAUCCUAUGGAGGAAGAAAUGCAAGGUAUCGACAAUUCUACAGUGGGACGACAGUCCAUACUACCUAUCAUGAAUCCCGAGAAGGAACGGCGGCCUUCUACUACCAGCAAUUCAAGUAUAUCGCCCUUAUCAAAGCCAGCCCAUAUCUCAUUCAGCAUGCCCUCAUGCUCUUCGUCUUCCCCGGUUGGUCGGUUGAGCUUGGAUCCACAUCGAAUUUCCAGCAAGCACCUUACACCCGCUAGCCGUGAUGUAAGGAGGUUUACUGCCGACCACAAAUCAUUGACUUCUGCUGCUGAUGCUGCACUACGACGACAUAUAUCCAGUCCUGCAUCUUCUUUCAACCCUGAUCGCAUGCAGGUUGACAUGUAUCAGAAAGAACCUAUUGCGGGCAAUAGUCGCCGGUCAGCGGGACGGCUUUCCAAGCCCUUACCGCCAUGGUAUUUUUAAAGACGCUGCGCACCACUGAGGCAGCUACUGUAUCAAUAUAAUAAAAUACUGGAUGUAUUACUGUACUAAUUUUGCAAGUGUAAGGGAAAUCAAUGAAAAAUGUAGUAUUAUAAGAACA